CGAGCGGGGCGAUCUUCUUUGCCGUGUGCCGAGGUAAAGUCAGCGAAGGCAUCGACUUUUCCAACGAAAACGGCCGCGCCGUGGUCAUCACGGGUCUUCCGUUCCCACCGACCAAGGACCCCAAGAUCAUGUUGAAGAAAGCGUUCUUGGACAACCAAGUCGUCGCCCCCAAUGAAAUGAAACUGAGCGGCAAUCAGUGGUAUGUCCAGCAGGCAUCGCGGGCCGUCAACCAAGCGGUGGGACGCGUGAUUCGGCACCGCCAUGACUAUGGAGCCAUCAUCCUCUUGGACGAACGGUUUGCCUACGGCCAACAAAAAGGAUCCCUCUCCAAGUGGUUGCAACCCCACGUCCACGUGGUGUCGUCGUAUGGCGAAGCCCAUGGAGGGCUUACGGGGUUCUUCCGACGAAACAAAGAGCAAGCUGCCACCGUCGCCGCUUCCACGGCUGCUGCCGCCGCGGCCACCGCCAAAGUCAAGGCCAUGUACGCAUUCAAGCCGCCCCAGCCCCUUGCAACGCCAUCGUCAUCUUCAGCGACGGCGUCUGCAUUCAACGUAUCGUCAAAACCGUCCGAUGUGCUGGCCAGCCAGGUUGCCAUCGGCGAUGGCCAGUCGUACAUACCCCCUGAAGCACUUCAUUCGAUCUCACGCCCGCACAUGUCCCCCGCCCCGCCCAAGAUGGCGCCGCUGGAGCUCCUUGUGCAACAGACGCGAACUUUAAUGCCUCCGGCGCAAGUGACCCAGCUCGUGAUGUACAUGCGGGACCCGAAGAGCCAUGUUGACGACAUUGACGCCCUCCUCGCGCCGUACCCAACGCUCCGCGAGCAGAUUGCCCCCCUUCUCCCUCCACGCUCGGUGGCUCAAGCCAUGGAUCAGCUCAGUCACCUGACUUCCACGAAGCGCAAAGCACCCUCGCAACCUGCGGCAAAAGUGGCCAACCCACAGUGCAGCAUCUGCUUUGACAUUGUCCAGACGACGUCAGCGCCGCCGUGCGGCCACAUUUGCUGCGUCCGGUGCUGGAAGAAGCUGCAACAACCUGACCAUACCAUCACGUGCCCUGUGUGCAAAGGGUCCUUUCAUCUCGACACAUUCACUCGGGUCGUCGCGACAUUGUCGUCGAAGCGACCGAAGCCACCGAGUGCCAAGUGAACGAGCGAACCACACUUCGUGUGCUUAUCGUCGCGGUGCGAUCGUACCAUGGCACUAGACACCACCACGACCGUCGCCACCGCCAAUUCGUCGGCCGGGUAACAUGAAUCGAGUGAACUCUCCGAGACCUCCUCUCCCACCCGACCUUUUCUUGCGAACGAUGCUUCCG